UUAUCACCUGUUAAAAGAGGAAGAAUAUAAAAAGAGCAUUACGUGUUUGGUACUAUCUUUACACCCGUCAGUUUUAUCUACGAUCGGUCUAAAUCAUGAAGGAAGUCAUUGUUCACCCUCGGCCCACACUGCACACAGUGAUCCAUGAUAUACCGGUUCCUAGUCCUGGCCCCGAUGAGGUCGUUAUAGAAGUGAUUGUCGCGGGAAGCAAUGUUAAAGACUGGCUCCACAUUACAACACAAGGUCUAUCUGUCAACAGCGGUGAUGACAUUGCCGGCACCAUCUCCGCGCUCGGUGAAAAUGUCGAAGCUACGGGCGAAUUCAGCAUUGGUGAUCGCGUUGCUGCUUUCCAUCCUAUGCUAAUGCCUGGAGGAGCGUACGCCGAGUAUGCAACAGCUCCUGCUCAUACUGUGUUUAAGCUCCCCAGAGGAACAAGUUUCGAAGAGGCUGCCACUAUCCCUCUCGUUACCUUGACAGCGGCUUUGUCGCUUUUCCGCCGUCAGGGCCUGCCUCCUCCAUGGUCGCCACGGACAUCGAGCAUGGAACCAGUUCCUCUCAUCAUAUAUGGCGCCUCUUCUGCUCUAGGAUCCUUUGCUAUCAAACUCGCGAAAAUAGCGAAUAUUCACCCUAUUAUCGCCAUUUGCGGUGGCAGCAAGAAUUAUGUGACCACACUUCUGGACUCGGCUAAAGGAGACACUCUUGUGGAUUACCGUGAAGGCAUAGACUCCAUGAAGGCUGCAGUCAGGGUAGCGCUAGGGCCACUGGAUGCGAAACAUGCUCUGGAUGCUAUUAGUGCGAAUGCAACUUGGAUUCCAUUGUCUCAAAUGCUGAGUUCGUCAGGAAGCCAGAUGUCUGUCACCUCAGGUGGUAACAAAUACGACGAUGCUGAGAUUCCCGCUGGGGUAGAGAUCAAGUAUACGUACGUUGGCACAGCACAUUAUGGUGCGUACAAAACGGGCAUGCCGAAACAACCCAUCGACAAAGAGAGCGUUGAGGGUGACGUCGAGUUUGCUUAUCUCUUCGUACGAUACCUGUCACGGUUGCUGGCUAAAGGCAGGUUUGAAGGCCAUCCAUAUGAAGUCAUUCCAGGAGGUUUGGACGGGGUGGCCAGAGGCCUGCAAAAGUUAAAGAAUGGCGAAGCAAGAGGAUUCAAGUAUGUAUAUAGAAUUAGCGAGACGAGUGGGUAAGGAGUGUAUACCAGAUGCCAUGUUGGCACGUUGAUGUAGUUCACGGGAAGCUAUGAAGCAAUAUAUCUCGAUAUAGGUGUGAUAGAGCUCAAAUAUGCUACUGUUGACCCAGACAGUUGCCAUGUGAUCGAGGG